AAGAAAUUUAAGUAAGAGAAAGGAUUGGCUGUGUGUUAUUAUGUGGAUUAAUGGAUUGCGUUUUGACACGUCCAAUUUACUAGGAAAAAGAAGGAAAGGAUAAAUGUAAAUUAUUAGAGUAUAACUUGAUGAUACAACUGUACGAUGUCAGAUGAAGAGAUAUAUAACCGUGACGACAGCUGUUUCAGUGAAGAAACUAUACUACAUAAAUCUAUUAAAGAUACUCGACCAGAUUUACUUCAGUGCUGGUUCGCCUCUCAGGAGUGGGAUGAUGUUAAUACCGGUAAUAGAUGGAACCAAACUCCUCUUCAUUAUGCUGCAAUAAACACAAAUACAUAUGUGCUAGAACUGCUCCUGCAGGUGCCGAGAGUUGAUGUCACAAAGCAAGAUUUAAACGGGUACAAUGUUUUACACAGUUUAAUUUACAACAUUGUUGCUAUAGACGAUUGGCAAAGAACCAUUCAAGUCCUACUAAGUUUAGGAAUUGAUAUUAAUCAACAAACUAAGCAUGGAUAUUCCAUACUUCACUUAGCAAGCAGAAAUACUAUCCCACCAUGUGUCCUACGGUUUAUCCUCGAGUCGUGCGCUGGGUUGGACGUAGACAUGAUAAACAAAGAUGGUGAAAAUUUCCUUCAUUCUUUUGUACAAAGUAUAAACAAAACAAGCCCUGUCUCCGAUGAAUUUAAAGACAGAUUUGCACUACUUGACGACAUUGUUAGAGGAAAAGUAUCUUGCUGUGCUCAUAAGAAUUUAAUAACGUUGUUGAAACAAAGAAAUUUAAAUGGUACAACCCCUUUUCUUCUGAUAAUAAACCAUUUCGAUAGAUAUCGAAACGUGAAUGCCAUCAAGGUUUUGCGGAAAAUGUCUGAUGCUGGAGGAUGCUCAACGAUAGCAGACAAUCUAGGAAACUAUCCAAUUCAUUAUGCUAUAGCCUGCUUGCGCAAAGCACCUGUUAAGUUGCUGAAAAUGCUCAUUGAAACCGGAGCCGACGCUAAUGCUAAGAACAUAUAUGAGCAGUCGACAGCCCAUUUAGUGAGAGUUGAUAGCAAAGAUUUAACGUUUGAAAGAAUCAAAUCAAUUGUAAAUGUAAUGAAAACAACAGACAUUGAAUUUAACGCAUCUGAUAAAUGGGGCUGUUUUCCGUUAAUGUAUAUAAGUGCAUUUUACGAUUCUGAUUGUCUCCCAUUUCUGAAUGAUAUAACUACAGCAUCGACCGUUCUAAACGCAGUAGACAACAGUGGGUCGUCUGCAUUGCAUUAUGCUGCCUACCACGAUUCUGGCGCUUUUGUCAAUUUGUUGAUUCAAAAUGGAGCAAGAAAUGACAUCAGAGACAAACUAGGAGAAUCUCCUAUCGAAACAGCAAGAAGUCACUUGAGAAUAAGUUCAGAAGAAGCUCUACUUAAAUGCUCAACAACGGAAGAGCUUUACGACAGAAACCAACAGUUUUUUGAAAAUUUUAAGUCAUUGCAAACAUCAAAAAAAUUAGAAAUGAAAAUGGACCAAUUUGUUGAAGAACUUCUUGAUCACAAAUAUAGAAAUAAAGGAGAAGAAGAGGAAAAAAUCAAUUCCACUAUAUGCUUUUUUGUAGAGUUACUAUGCAAACAAGUCUCAAAAUACGACUCAAGAUUUGAAAUGACAGUUUUUCAGUCCGGUAGUUCAAAAGAAAAAACAAAAGUAAAUGCUCCAGAUGAAUUUGAUUUUGUCCUUUGUUUAGAUAGAAUUGCUGAAUUUUGUGACAUCAAAGAAAGAAAUAGUCCCAAAGAGAGAAAUCGUCCUAAAGAAAGAAAUAGUCCCAAAGAGAGAAAUCGUCAUAAAGAAAGAAAUAGUUCCAAAGAAAAAUUCAACAGUAAUGUAUUGAAGCUUAAACCUAUUGAAGGCCAUCAAGACGUAUUGGAAUUUUUUGAUGAAAAUGGACUUUUCAUUUCACCGCCUAUAUUCAUGUACCUCCACAAAUAUUUGAAUCGAGCCUUACACGAUCCGAGUUUAUGGAAGAAUGAUGAAAUCCGUAAUCUGUGUUACGUUUUCGAAAUGCCAUUCUUGCAAAAAGAUAUGAAAACGACAGUCUUUAUGGUACGUCUUCUAUGGUUUGGUUGUAAACAUAAACAACUAAGGAUUAAGAUAGACAUGGUUCCUGCCGUCAGAAAAACAGCUUGGUGGCCAAUCGAUCCUAAUUCGUUACCAAUGAUGACUCAGAAUAUCCAUGAUGCUGGCUGUCUGCUUUUACUUGACACAACUUCCGACGAGCAAUCGUUCACCUCUGAAUAUCUCAAAGAAUUCAUAGUGGAUACUAUUGAUCGAAUAAGACCAGUACAAACCAAUUUACGCGUCUCUACGGCGCCAGCAGAAGUUUGCCUUAUGGAGACUUUUCCGCAAAAAGUACGCGAUAGUUACGCGCUUGCAAAGCUCUUUGUUGACAUCUGCAAUGUAACUGACAUAAGUAGCUAUAUGUUGAAAAACUGCACAUUUCACGUAUUACAAGAACUUCACUGGAACCCAAAUACACCAGAUGACAUUUCUAAAUUGCCAUCACUAAUGGAACUUACCGUGUUAAUAUUUAUGAAACUUUUAGCCUACAACAAAAAAUAUUUUUUGCCUAGAUUCUUCCUACCUGAAGUCAACAUUUUUCCUCAAGACCAAGACAUUCAAGAUAAACAGCAUGAAAAAUGGGAAAUUAAAUUCGUUCUAAAAAUCUUAGGGCAGAAUGUGACAUUAGAUAGUGAUGAAAGUGAUGAUUAUGAUGAUUAUCAUGAUGAUGACACUUCUGAUGAUGAUGAUAUUCAAGACAAUAGUGAAGAUAAUCUUGAACUUGAUGAUACUGAUGAGUAAAUAGUUUUGUCAGUAUGAAAUAUACACUUCAAUUUUUAUCUAGUGGUUUUAACAAAUGAGAAGAAUAUUUUUUUUAUUCAACAACAUUUCGCAUCAGGUUUGUUGGAAAUAAAUAACAAAUAAAUGCGUA